ACGAGCGUCAAUUUUGAUGCAUCAUUCGGUAAAAAACAAAAUCUAUCAUAUUGUAAACUGAAGAACACUCCUGCGUUUCUUGUAGUAUUUGGCUGAUUUCUAGAGACAAAUUAAAUUAUCACGAUCUGAAACUUUUUUUUUCAAAACAAAAGUAAAAAGAAAAACGAAAGUAAACUCCUGAACAGAUCCUCGACAUACUUUGGGUAACAAAACUCGAACAAUUCUAAGUCUGUUUUGCGAUCAAUUUCUCAUCUAAUGUUCGAGGCAUGGCUAGACUCCUGACAGCUUAUGAACAAAACGCGGGACAACUUGUUAACAUCGAUGAGUGGAGUCCCACUCGAAAAACUCGCAAGUGGCUUCUUUUAUCGGGAGCGAGUGACCCCCCAAAAAAUAUCUACAUAUCGGCAAGAAGACCACGCGAAAAAUCCAAUAUUAGAUCAGGAAAAUUUUUGCGUGGAAUCAGUUCUGAUUUAUAUCAUAUGGAGCACGCGGUCGGAGCCAAUUUGAAAAACACUGUAAGGAAUUUGGACAUAACAAAAAAGGAAGCUACACAGUGCAUCAGAAAAUUCCUGACUUUCUGCUGGAUGGAAAAUCACAAACCGAUGUUGUACUACACCGGACACGGCGAACAAGGAAGUGGCAAUUGGUGUUUUGCAGAUGGAACAAUUGGAAUUGAAGAGAUUUUUGCUUGGCAUAUGGAAACUAUGGAGUUCUCAACAAUUUGCAGCGAUGCAUGCUACAGUGGAAAGUGGGUGGAGUUUUGCGCUUGGAAGAAAAAGCCAGGCUUCCAUUGCCUCUCAGCUUGUGGUCCAUAUCAGACUGCUCUAGAUACAGUAAAUGGCGGUGAACUGACUCUUUGCAUGACCGGAAAUCAUGACAAACUUCAAUCUGGAAGACCACGUCGAACCCCGCUUUUCAGUGGCUGCGAAAGUCCUGCUGGAAAAAUUGCUCCAGCGAAAAAUAGUUCUGGAACAAUUGCUACAUCGAACAAUAGUUCUGGAACAAUUGCUCCAGCGAACAAUAGUUCUGGAACAAUUGCUACAUCGAACAAUAGUUCUGGAACAAUUGCUCCACCGAACAAUAGUUCUGGAACAAUUGCUACAGCGAACAAUGUGGUGGCAGUUCCAGUACCAAGUUACAAUAAACGAAAAUAUAUAGACGUUAUUAAGGAAGCUCUCAAUAGCGGUGACGGAAACAAUGUUCUGAUAUCGCAGAGCAUAUUCAAUGGAGUGUUUCAAGGAAUUUUUGGCAAACAUUCAAUUUAUGGUAACAGACGCACAAUGACGAUGAGUGGAGGAUGUAAAUACAUACACGAAAUCAUAAAAAAACAUUUUGCGCAAGGUUUCGCUAUUUUAUCCUGGCAAGCAGAUGAUAACCAAUUUUACAUGAUGAUGAUUGAGAUAAAUUGGGAACAAAGAACUAGAGUUUUCAGAAAUUUAGCUGAACUGGACUCGAACGUAGCAGGUAAUAUUACAAGUUGUAUGUCUUACGGAUCUGAUUACAGAGUGGUGCUUACAACUGGCGACUCAACUUAUAGUGGCACUCAAACAAUUUUGACGGAGCGGCAUUGGAAUGAAGUUAUCCAAAAAAUAGAAGUUGAAAACAAUGCGGGAAAAAUGAUUACUGCAAUUUGUUAUAAUCGAGGCCAGCAGGAAUACAUGGUGGUGAUGACAUCAUCAUCUCGUGGACAAAAGAGCCGAUGGUUUGAGAAGAACGACCACAACGGGAGAAACACUUGGCUCGAGGAGAAUUGCAAGUCAAAGUACUAUCCCACACUGGUAUUUCAAAGUCCAGAGUUCCCAAAUCAUGUACUUCUUGUUAUAAGUACGGAUAUUAAUAGAAAGGGAUAUAUUUUGAUGACGAAUUAUCAGAUCGCUUGA